CGAUCUUUGAGAGGCUGGUAUUUGCUCUGUUCACCAUCAAACAGCCGAACCACGGAGCGGAGAGUCGACGAGCCCGACGCCGGAGACUUUACACAAGAAUCGGUGGGAUUAAACGUCUGUGUCUGGUUACAACGCUGCGGGAAUGUGGACCGACGUUACUGCGAUGAACUAGCGUCGAAAGGAGAGACUCGUCUCCUGGAGAGAGCGAAGGAAGCGGGAGGAAAGAGAGGUCAGUGGUUGUGAUGUUGCUUCCAUUGCUUCAAGACUACAUUUCCCAUGGAGCCGUGCACCGAAACACACACUAUUCUACCAUGGAGCCACCAGUCAGGGUUUUGGACCCGCAGAGCUAGUGACACAGAAGAGGACCAGAUAUUGUGAUAUCACCUCCACAACCACAACCCCACCUCCCUCCAUCCCUCCCUCCAGUCCUCCAGCUGACCAUCCUUCUCUCUGAGAUCAGGACCGGCUCCCUGACUCCUGCUGUGGACUACAGUUUAAUCAGGACUGGGUCAUCCCCUCUCAGCCCAGACCACAGACCAGCUGAUCAAAGCACGGAGUAGUCCGGUCCAGGUCCGGUCUCAGUCCAUUCCGGUCCCAGGAUGGCAGGUGCACCGUUCUGUUUGAGGGCUAUGAUGACCGCGGCACUCCUGCUGAGCCUCAGAGCUGAAGCUGCAGGUCAGAACCCAGACCACGUCCUGCAGGGGACGGGGGUGAAACCAGAGGCUCGACGGCCCGGCGAGGACUCUACCAUCGCACCAGAGGACGCCGCUCGAUUCCUCAGCUGCUACUGUUCCGGUCACUGUCCUGACGACGCCACGAACAACACCUGCCAGACCAACGGUCAGUGUUUCGCCAUCAUUGAGGAGGACGAACAUGGAGAGGCCAUCCUCACCUCAGGCUGCAUGAAGUAUGAAGGCUCACACUUCCAGUGCAAGGACUCUCCCAAAGCUCAGACCAGGAGGACAAUCGAGUGCUGCAACACAGAUUUCUGCAACAGGGACCUGCAGCCCACCCUCCCCCCGCAGGCUCCCUCAGAAGGCAGCCCCCACUGGCUGGCCUUCGUCAUCUCCAUGACGAUCUGCUGCUGCACUCUGAUCUGCGUCACCGUGGUCUGUUACUACAGGUAUAAGUGGCAGACUGAGCGUCAGCGGUAUCACAAAGAUCUGGAGCAGGAAGUCUUCAUCCCUGCUGGAGAAUCCCUCAAAGACCUCAUCCACCAGUCACAGAGCUCUGGCAGCGGCUCGGGGCUCCCCCUGCUGGUGCAGAGAACCAUCGCCAAGCAGAUCCAGAUGGUGCGCCAGAUCGGUAAAGGUCGGUACGGUGAGGUGUGGCUGGGCCGCUGGAGGGGGGAGAAGGUGGCUGUCAAAGUGUUCUUCACCAGAGAGGAGGCGAGCUGGUUCAGAGAGACGGAGAUCUAUCAGACGGUCCUGAUGAGACACGAGAACAUCCUCGGCUUCAUCGCGGCCGACAUUAAAGGGACAGGCGCCUUCACGCAGCUCUUCCUCAUCACCGACCACCAUGAGAACGGCUCUCUGUAUGACUACCUGAAGCUGACCACGCUGGACACGCAGGCUCUGCUGCGCCUCGCCUACUCGGCGGCCUGCGGCCUCUGUCACCUGCACACGGAGAUCUACGGCACGCAGGGCAAACCGGCCAUCGCCCACCGAGACCUGAAGAGCAAGAACAUCCUGAUCAAGAAGAACGGGACCUGCUGCAUCGCUGACCUGGGCCUUGCCGUCAAGUUCAACAGCGACACUAAUGAGGUGGACGUCCCUCUGAGCACCCGGGUGGGGACGAGGCGCUACAUGGCCCCCGAGGUCCUGGAUGAGAGCCUCAACAAGAACCACUUCCAGGCCUACAUCAUGGCCGACAUGUACAGCUACGGCCUCGUCAUCUGGGAGAUGGCCCGACGCUGUGUCACUGGAGGGAUCGUGGAGGACUAUCAGCUGCCGUACUACGACACGGUUCCCUCUGACCCGUCCUACGAGGACAUGCUGGAGGUAGUGUGUGUGAAAGGACUUCGGCCCACAGUGUCCAACCGCUGGAACAGUGACGAGUGCCUUCGGGCCAUGCUGAAGCUGAUGUCAGAGUGCUGGGCUCAUAACCCCGCCUCCCGCCUCACCAUCCUCAGAGUGAAGAAAACGCUCGCCAAGAUGGUAGAGUCCCAGGACAUCAAGAUCUGACCUCCCUCAUCAUCAUCCUCUUCCUCCUUGUCCCACCUCCAUCACCAGAUUCACCUGAACUCACCCUGACCUGGACCGGAUCAGACCGGACCGGUUUCCCCAGGCUCACCUUCAUCAGGAGGAGGAAGAGGAGGAGGAGUUGGGAGAUAAAAAAGGACCCGUCUCAGGGCUGAACUGUGCACCUCCCCCUCUUCCUCCUCUUCCUCUUCCUCCUCCUCCUCCUCCUCCUCCCCCCCCUCCUCUCUCUGACGCUUUCUGUGAAAGCCAAACAAGACGAUAAGAAUCACUUGGAUGACGACUGCAGGUGGAGGGAGGGGGAGGGGGAGGGGCUCUUGAUGCUUGUUGUGAAUGAACAUUUUCUUUUUAAAGCCCCGCCUCCCCCAGCCUUCCUCCCCCUCCUCCUCCCCCUCCUCCUCCUCUGCCUGUUUGAAAAGUAAAAUGCCAACAGUUGUUGUUGUGUCUUCAGGACUGAGUUCUCCUGCCAUAUUGAAUAUAUCUCCACUCUGACAGUAGAGUUAAUUAUAAAGUAAGGUACUAUAAUAACGUGAACUGUAAUGUGUAAAUAGAUGUUAUCAUUAGCUGCCCUGCCUCAUCACAAGAUUUAAACCAGAACACUAUGCUGCAGUGAUGUCAUCGUCCAGCCGACUCCUCAGAGACCGACAAGAUGGAGUUACUGCGGAGACGUCUACCGUCCUGUUUGUCUGUCUGUCUGUGUGACUGUCUGUCUGUCUGUCUGUCUGUCUGUCUGUCUAGAGACAGAAAAGUCUCAGUGGUUGAGUUAACCCUUGAUGGGCGGAGCCAAACCUGUUGACCUGUAGUAACCUGUGACCACACCCGAUGUGAUCAGUUCAGUUUUAUUUGAGUUAAUAUUUCUUUAACAUCAGUGAUAGAGGAUGUUACCAGAGUAAAUGCACCAGUACAACAAAAUAAAGUCUUUCAUUAAUAAAAGUAAAAAAGUUUGUGGAACUGAACAACAACAAAGGUCACGAAAUCUUUAACAGUGUGUUUUAUAAGAUUUAAAUAAUUAAUUAAUGUAAAACAUGAAUCUAGAAAAGUAACCAUAACUGUGUUGAGUAAAUGUAUUUCUCACCACUGCAAAACUAAAAUUUAAGAAUAUUAAACAGAGUGAUAAACAUGACGGUUGACUUUGGCUCCUCCCACUGAGGUUUAACUCGUCCAGUCAGAUGUAAUCUAACUUCCGGACUGUUCCUUUAAGUUUUUCCCUCCUCAGUAGCUGUGUGUGUGUGUGUGUGUGUGUGUGUGUGUGUGUGUGUGUGUGUGUGUGUGUGUGUGU